ACGAUUUCAUCAUGUCAGUUUUAUUAGUCAAGUGGAAUGUUAAGCACAUACGAAGGUACCAAACAUGUUGAAUACAUUUUCGGUACUCUCUCCUCAUCUGAAAUUCAAGAAUAAAUUUGUAUCCAUUGAUAAUGUUGCAUUUAAAUUUCACUAUCGAGCUACCUUCACCAUUCUGCUUGUAUGUACACUUCUUGUAACAUCCAGGCAAUACAUAGGAGAGCAUAUACGAUGCAUUACAGGAGGAUCCAUUCCUGAGCAUGUUAUCAACACUUUUUGUUUUUUUACAACUACGUUUACGGUUGUAAGACAUUUCAACGAAUCAAUGCUACAAGAUGGAAACAUACCUCACCCAGGAGUUGGACAUACAUAUUCAGAUGACCCUAUAAAGUACCACGCAUAUUAUCAAUGGGUCCCGUUUGUGUUAUUUAUCCAAGCAAUAUUGUUCUAUGGACCGCAUUAUAUAUGGCGUAAUAUGGAAGGAGGAAAAAUUAAACGUCUUGUGGAUGGUCUUCGUAUGGUUGAAGUUUCAAGAUACUACAAACAAAACAAAGUUGUAACAUUUGACAGCAAAUACACACUAUAUCCCAAAUCGGAACUUGACAAAAAAAUUGAAAUUGCAUGUGAAGCUUUUCACAAGCACAUAAUUUUGAAUCAUAUGUGGGCCUCGAAACACGUACUCUGCGAAACUUUAAAUUUGGUAAAUGUAUUAGCGCAAGUAUGGUUUACAAAUAAGUUUCUAGGAGGACGGUUCUAUAGGCUUGGUUUGGAUUUCAUUGAGGAGGACUUUUCAGGAUCAAUGGAUGUGCUGGAUACUAUAUUUCCAAAGAUUACAAAAUGCCAUUUCCAUAAAUAUGGCCCAUCAGGGACAAUCCAAAAGCAUGAUGCUCUCUGUGUAAUGGCACUGAAUGUGAUAAAUGAGAAAAUAUUCACAUUCCUCUGGUUCUGGUAUGCAGUACUUAUUUUUGUAUCAAUAAGCGCACUUGUAUGGAGAAUAACCACACUCACUUGUCAUGCAAGAUCGGUCAAAUUUAACAGCUUCGUUUUCUGCAAGGUUAGUCCUGGAAUGCUGAACUCAUAUGAUCUGGAUUUCAUAACGGAGAGCCUUUCAUUUUCGGACUGGAUGUUUUUAUAUUAUUUAGGAAGAAAUAUAGACAGUCAUCUUUUCAAGGCUCUGUUUAGAGGUAUUAUUCAAAGGUUCAAUGGAACUCGACAUGAAUCGAGUAAAAAAAUCAGUAAAAAUCAGAACGAUGAGGCUGACGAAACUGAACUUAUAAGUGAAAAACAUUGAUAUACAAAAACAAGAAUAAAAAACAACUUGUAAAACAUUUUUAGUUAACUCCAACUAACAUAAAUUAAAAAAAAUCCAACAAUA